AAAGCUUCGCUGCGACUUAGAGGGGGGGAAACGCUCAGGGUUCCCUCGGCGCCCUGGCAUUACAUUUCAGUCCCAGUCAAAGCUGAGGGCAGGAGAGAGGAACCCCCGGUCCGCGCAGUUUGCCUCCACGCCUCCCACUCCACUUCCUAUAUUGUCACGUUCUGUUUAAGCACGAGGAUCUGUUCGGAGCAGAAUGACAGGAGAGCUGCGGAACGACGAGGCGGAGGAGGAGUAUCUGCAUUCGUUCAUCCGGAAACAAGGGAACAUUUACAGACCGAACAACAAAGACAUGGAAAACGAGAGUCUGAACGAGAAGGCGAUGGAGGACGUCCACACCAAGGAGAUCGACCUGGUCAACAGGGAUCCGAAGCGCAUCAACGACGACGUGGUCAAGGUGGACUUCGAGGACAUCAUUGCAGAGCCUGCAGGAACCUACAGCUUUGAUGGUGUGUGGAAAGCUAGCUUCACCACCUUCACCGUCACCAAGUACUGGUGCUACCGGCUGCUGACGGCGCUGGUCGGCAUUCCCCUGGCACUGAUCUGGGGAAUCUUCUUCGCCAUCCUUUCCUUUGUCCACAUCUGGGCCGUGGUGCCGUGCGUGAAGAGUUACCUUAUUGAGACCCACUGCAUCAGCCGUGUCUAUUCCAUCUUCGUCCACACCUUCUGCGACCCGCUGUUUGAGGCCAUGGGCAAGUGCUUCAGCAACAUCCGACUCCGCACGACAAAGGAGGUGUAAAUGCAUGAAAAACACGAGGAAGGAGGAGGAUUCAUUGCAAAUCACAGGAGGGAGGAAAACGUGAGAUGGAGAGAAAAGUUAGGGAACAGGGAAAAAAAGUAGACCUCUGAAAAAUGAGAGGUUGAGGGAUGUUUGGAGGGGAAGAGGCGAGGUCACCCCUCACCUGGCCCAGCCUUUCUGUCUUCUCUGUUUUUUCUCUCCAAGGCGGCUUAGCCAACCAGGUGGGCACUCAAAAAAUUCAAAGGGUUAUUCUUCUGGGUUUUUCUUGAGGUUUUGGUUUUGUGUAUUUGUGUGUGUGCGUGUGUGUGUGUGUGUGUAUGUGUUUAGUGCUGUUUCUUUUGUCAAGCAAACAGUUGACAAAGCAUCGUAUCCUCUCAUUAGAGUCGUUCUGUGUGUAAUCACUGUUAAGACGAGGAGGUCAGGGUCUGCUGCUGUUGUUCAUGUUUACUGUUUUUGGGCCCAGCAGUCCAGGGCGGGAUGAUUAGACACAAAGCGAGGGCUAAGGGGGGGUCGCUGGGGUCAAACCAGAGACAAAGGGCAAGCACUGCUGCAUUCUGUCUGACUCAGCAAUGCUCACUUGCUCAGAGCGGCACAACAACAACCUGCUGCCUUUCCAUAGCCUCACAGCCCCCCAAAAAACAUCCUCAUUCACCAACCGUUCCUCCUUAGCUCCGCCUCCUUUUCUCCAGCAGUCUGACACACUGAACCUGCCCGUCUUGCUUGCACUCACCUGUGUUUCCUUGCCGUCCACCACGCCCACCACGCUGCCUUGACAUGCAGAAAGUCAUCUCCUGUAAGCCAGCCCACCCCACCCCCCGGCCCCAUAACCACCACCGAACCACCACCUUGUUCCUACACCACAUCCCCUCUGCAACACAGAUUUCACCACCAGUGCCUUCAUAGCCACAGAUAUAUGUGUGUGUGUGUGCGUGUGUGUGUGUGCGUGUGUGUGUGUGUGUGUGUGUAGGCGUGCUUGUGUGUGAGUGUGUGUGACAGAAUAUUCUGAUUAUUUGCCUUCUGGGGGUUUUUUCACAUGUUUUUAGGGAAAUUUCUACCUUUUAUUGUUCACACUAUUUACAAUCCCAGAGUGUUUUUGAACAUGAAGAGCUUUGAGGGUUUUUUAAGUGUUAUGUAAAAUUGUUUUAAUAUGCUACAUGUGCCAUAUAUGUGGUUAUGUAAAAAAAAAAAAAAAAAAAAAAAAGAAUAGCCUUGUAUUCCAGUGCACUAAUCUCUGGGAAAGUAUUAACUAUUAUCUCCUUCACUGCAAAAACACAAAAAGUCUUAUUAAAUGUUUUUGGUCUGGUUUCUAGAUGAAAUAUCUUAGAACUCUUGAAAUAUACAAUGGCAUAUUAUGGCCAUUGUACCAAAGAGAAAAGAAGUAAGUUUUCACCAGAACAUCAAUUUCGGAGUCUAGAAAUAUAUAUAUUUUUUUUUCAUUUUGGGACUAAUAUCAGAAGUAUAGGGCAGCACAGUGGUGCAGUUGGUAGAGCUGUUGCCUUGCAGCAAGAAGGUCCUGGGUUCGAUUCCCGGCCCGGGGUCUUUCUGCAUGGAGUUUGCAUGUUCUCCCUGUGCAUGGUGGGUUCUCUCCGGGUUCUCCGGCUUCCUCCCACAGUCCAAAAACAUGACUGUCAGGUUAAUUGGUCUCUCUAAAUUCUCCCUAGGUGUGAGUAUGUGUGUGAAUGGUUGUGUGUCCUGUAUGUCUCUGUGUUGCCCUGCGACAGACUGGUGACCUGUCCAGGGUGACCCCGCCUCUCGCCUGGAACAUAGCUGGAGAGGAACCAGCAACCCUCCUGACCCCAUUAGGGACAAGGGUGUUAGAAAAUGGAUGGAUGGAUGGACCAGAAGUAUAAUAUAUAUACAAUAAAUAAUAAUUCCUUAAUAUUGAUAAAAAAGUACUUGAUCCACUGGCAUGAGAAAAAUGUCUUGUUAUAAGUGAAAUAAUCUGCAAAUUUUUCAUCAACUUUACAGAGUGAUUUACUUUAAACCAGCUCUGAUAUCUUGCUGAAAAGUUGCUUGCAAGUUAGUUUUGUCUUAUUUCAAGUGUACUAAGACAAUUGCAGUGGAAAUUAGACCAAAAACACUUGUUAAUAUUUAGUAUUUUUGCAGCGUUUCUGCCUUUUCUUUCUUUUUUCAGCACUGGAAUUUGACCUUAGAAUGUGCUGUAUUGAGCUGGUGUGGAACCCUGCACUGCUUCCACAGGUUAAUGCAUUGGAAUUAAAACAAUGUGAGGCAGAAAAUGUGCUUGUCUUGAUGCCGUUAGAUGCAUCAUACGGACUCCUUGGUGCGACCUUGGCUCUGUUUUCACCCUCUGCUCUGGGUGGACCAGACAUUGUAAAACCGGGCCAGUAUCGGGGUUGGAGUUCUGUCCUAUCAAGACACAAAAAGCUUGCUUUAAACAUCUGCCACCUUUAGCUCACCUGCUGUCUUUUUACAGGAUUUGAUAGUAUCUCUGCACCUGCUUGUUUCUUAAAAGAGAGCUUUUAACUUCUGAAGGUGACAUGUUGUUAUUUUUCUUUGUAAGAAAUACUUUUCCUUUCUUUACAUUAUCACGCUGUGCACAAAUAAAAUUUAAUAUAAUCCAUUGUGCAAUA